UUCUAUUGUUCAUUUAUAUAAAUAAUCAAGUGAAAGUAGAAAAAACUGUAUCAAUCACAUAGUAGUUAUAUUCAGCUUUUAUCUACUCCAAAAAGAGUGGAUACGGCUAACUAUACAACAAAUAAGCUAUAUGUGAACAUUUCGCUGCAUUAUUCUUUUCGAAAUAUUGUGCUCAAACAGUGUAUGGUAGCACAGUAAAUAUUUUUAGUUUGGCUCAAACUAGUUGAGUGUUAACGUGAAUCGAAGAACAGUGAGAAUUUGCUAAUUUUGGGAAUCUGUAAACAAGUGUACAGUUUAAUGGUCUAUUGAAAUUUAAUUUUUCCAACACGCAUGCGUAACUUCGUUGCUAAUAUUAUAUUAUUUAAUAUACAUUUAUGAACUUUUUUCGAAAAUAUUGCAAACUACGUAGUUUGUAUUUUGAAAUUGAUAUUAAUUAGAGGAAUUUUUGUAUUCACCUACACACUGAAAAGAAAUUAUGGAUUAUCAUCACUCGAUUAAAGUUGAUGGAACUAACAAUAGCAAUAUGAUUUCCAUUAGUGACUUUUCCGGAGAUGAGCAAGAUCUACGUGAAUACGGUGACGAACGUGAUAACUCCGACUUAAUUGAAAAGCCUAUAUAUCUUUUAGAACAUUUAGCUACUUUUACAGUCAACAAAGAAUCCGGAAUAGUUUAUCCUGCAGACGGUAUGCGACGCUUAUUGCAGUUGGAAAAAUCGACUGGCAUAUGGUCACAAAAAAUGAGAUUGUGUCUCAACACACCAUGGGUUCUUAUAAUGGACUAUGAAACUGGCAAUAUCAUUGAGCGUUUUCCAGCAACUUUAAUACAGGAACCAACUGCAUUUACAUCAACUGAUGCAAUGGAGUUAUACAAUAACAUUUUAGUUUUUAUAGUAUCUGGAGGGAGUGGUUCGCGAUCAGAAAUGCAUAUAUUUCAGGUACUUAUGCGCAAUAAUGUCUGUCAUGAUCUGUGCUAAUUAUUUUAAUCUCAUUUUAAAUUGUCCAAUUCAUAUUCA